UAUACAGGUGUUGACUGGAUAACUUUGUAUUCAACUAGCAAGGUCAAAUCUCACUUUCAAAUAUGCAUUAGCUUCCCAAUUCAUUAGAACAUACAAACACUUUAAAAUGUCUUAUCUGGAUUAGUGAAGCCUCGUCAAACUUACUAAACUUGUGAAGCGACCAAAAUCUGCCUUUAACACAACAGUAGGAUUCACAGACGUUUUAGUCUGUGGUAUCUAGAUAGUUAAUUUAUUCCAUUUUUUUUUAUCCAUUGGAAGUCGAUGAGUUAAAAAACAAUUAUUUUUCUAUCGUUGCUGGUCAUUUUAUCCAAUGUUUCUUACACUACGACCAUAAAAAGCUAUACAAUUACUAGCGUGAACACUUAUACUUCUAAUUGUUUUUUUUUGUUUUCUACUCGUGAUUGUUCAUUUUAAGCUUCUCUUUUUUUACUGAAGAGCAACUUGAUUAAAUUUACCUUUGCUGAGGGUUUCCUUUGUUUUUAGGCUGUGGAAACUAUGAAACGAAGUCCUAGCAGAAACCUUGACUUAGAAACUGAAACUAACGAUGAAUCAGAAUCUCCUCCUCGCUUUUUCCAUGAUGAUGAACCGGAAUCUGCUAUCUCUAGUAUAGAGGCAUUAAGAUCUGAAGAGAAUAGUCAUGAAGGUACUCUGGAAUCGGUGGAUAAAAAUAAUGUGAAUGUAGAGUCUCCUAAUCUCUUUGAGUCCCAUAUAACAUCAAUUCUUGGUGAAGCAAUUAUACCGAAACGCAAAAUAAGAGAUCUAUACAAUGCCUCGAACGGAGAUGUAGAGACUGCUAUUAACAUCUUUUACGAUAAUCCCCUAUCUGGGACUUCAGUCGAAUCUAAAGACGAAACUGCUGAAACGUCUCCUUCACUAGAAAACUCUCAGCAGACAGUCACCACUACGAAGUCGAAAGACGAGGAAGCUCUGACACCAGAAACGAACAACUCUUCAAAUAUAAACUCAUGGGCUAAACAACCUAAUGUAGCAAGGUCAUCUUCUAGGAAUGCUUCCCUCACUUCCUUCUCUUUUUUAACCAAAUCAAACCGAGUCCGCAAGUAUGUAGGCUGUUUCGGCGUAGAAGCGUAUUCAAUUGUAUCUGGAUCUAAUGUUCUGCAAGCUGGAGAACGCGUGUGCCUUGAACGUCAAAAAGCCCCUACAAAAACCCAAUAUCGAGGUUCUCGAAAGCGUUCAAAGACGAAUUCGGGUACUUCAUCUGGUCCAAUGUAUACAAACUCAAUUCGCUUUUUCAAUAGUGAUCACAAAGAAAUAGGAAAGCUGCCUACUGAGACUGCUCAUGUCUUAUGUACUUUAAUGUCUCAAAAACUUUGGUCGUUUGAAGCGAGUUGCAUAUAUGCAGAUGAAUUUCUCCAUUUAGGAAGCAAUGUUACACUCCAAAUUUAUUGUUUUCUUGAUAUUUCCCAUCCAUCAUUAAAUCAAUCCCCAUUUUCAGCCAAAACUGCUUUUAUUGAAGAUGAUCCCGCUGCUUUUAUAGAUACCCAGAACAAGAGAGAUCACUUGCUUCGUUUAUUCAGCUGGAUUGCUCUAGAGCCCUAUUCCGAGGACUCUAAUGCAGGAUCAAACAUACAAAUUAAUGAUCUUCUAUUAUCCUCAUCUUCUUCAAUAAAUCCUACAACGUCUGAGUCCUCUACUUCAGAUAUCGCUGAAGAUGACGAUGUCGUAAGUGAACAGUUAACUACAUUGUAUGAUCGAACGCGUUCAAAUGAGGCAAAUCUCCCUACUUAUUCAAUUCCUGAAGGAUUUCAUUUAGAUUUACGGGAGUAUCAAAAACAGGCACUUUAUUGGAUGUGUCAAAGAGAAGAAGGUGAUGCCAAGUCAGAAACAUCUUCAAAUUUGCACCCAUUAUGGAAUCAAUUUUUGUUUCCUAUGGAUCCUGGACUGUCUCCCGAAGAUUAUCACUUUUCUAAGGAUAAUGAACCUCAUCGGUUUUUCGUAAAUUUAUACACCGGUGAUAUAACGUUAGUUUUCCCUUCAAUGACUCCUUAUCACCGUGGAGGAAUCUUAGCAGAUGAAAUGGGAUUGGGAAAAACUAUUGAAAUGCUUUCAUUAGUUCAUGCUAGAAGGGGUUCCGAUAUUCUCGAAAAUUCAAUUGAAAAAUCCCCCUUCUCUAACAGCCUUCCCAUAGCUGCAAAGACAACUUUGGUGGUAGCACCUAUGUCUUUAUUGGAUCAAUGGCAAUCCGAGUCAGUUAAAGUUUCUGAUUCUAAACACUUCAAAACACUGGUUUACUACGGUUCCGAAACCGCUGUAAAUUUGCGAUCUCUUACUGAUACUAACAAUGUUCCUGAUUUGGUUAUAACUAGCUACGGCGUUUUACUUUCAGAGUCUGCUAAUAGUGCCGAUACUUGUGGAUUGUUUUCUGUUCACUGGUAUCGAGUGAUUCUGGACGAAGGUCAUUCCAUAAAGAAUCCAAGCAGCAAAACCGCUAAGGCCUGUUAUGCAAUAUCAGCUCAGAAUCGAUGGGUAAUUACCGGAACACCAAUCGUUAAUAAAUUGGAUGAUUUGUACAGUUUGAUAAAAUUUUUACAAAUAGAACCUUGGUGCAACUACAAUUACUGGCGUACAUUCGUUAGUGUGCCCUAUGAAGCAAAGGACAUUUUGAAGGCUUUAAACGUUGUGCAAUCUAUUCUCGAACCACUCGUUUUACGAAGAACAAAGGAAACAAAAGAUGUCACUGGAAAUCCUAUAGUUUGCUUACCCGACCGAAGAAUUGAAACGAUAUAUCUAGAUUUUUCGGAAGCAGAACGACGAAUAUAUGAUUCACUAUACGUUAAAGCAAGAAGCAGGGUGCAUGAAAGUAUCGCUGCAGGAACUUUAUUUAAGAAUUAUACUGCAAUUUUAGGCUUACUUUUACGGCUUCGACAAGCGUGUUGUCAUCCUUUACUUCUGUCGAAAACAGUGGAAAAAAAUGAAAAAGAAAUGGAAACGGAUACUAACUCUAAUGAACUGCAUGACUUAAUUUGGAUGUUUUCAUCACAGAAAAGACCGAUUCCUGGCUAUAUUACAGAAAUAUCAGACAAGGAUACACUAGAUGCUCUUGCUCCAGAAUGUCCUAUUUGCUGUUCGGAACCAGUUCAAGAUCCUCUUGUAUUAAAAUGCAAACAUGUCUGUUGUCGGGAAUGCUUGAAAGACCACAUAAGUUACCAAAAGAAAAGGGAUAUUUCUCCUCCACUUUGUCAUACUUGUCGUCAGCCCUUUGAAGCGGACGAUGUUUAUGAGCCUCGAGAAAUUAGGUCAGCAGGUUUAAUUUUGAAAGAUAGAAGCCUACACUGGAACCAUUGGAACCGAUAUCAGUCUAUCAAAGUAUUAGUACUUUUAGAGUAUAUUCAGAAAGUUUUAAACAAAUCUUCCCCCGAUAAAAUAGUUAUCUUUUCUCAGUUUACUGGUUUUCUGGAUUACAUAGGAGAAAUAUUUAAAACUCUAGGAAUCAAGCAUUCUCGCUUCGAUGGCAGAAUGUCUCAGGAACAAAGAUCUAUUUCAUUAGAACAAUUUCGGAGUGAUCCAACAAAUAAUAUUCUUAACAUAUCCCUCAAAGCUGGUGGACUUGGCUUGAACUUAACCUGUGCUAAUCACGUUCUAAUGAUGGAUCCUUGGUGGAGCUGGUCAGUGGAAUCUCAGGCUAUUGAUCGUGUUUAUCGUCUAGGCCAAGAAAAACAGGUUGUAGUAACUCGUUUUAUCGUUCGAGACAGUGUAGAGGAACGAAUGCUGAAAGUUCAAGAACGCAAGAAGUUUAUUGCAGGGUCACUUGGAAUGUCCAAGGAAGAACAACAGGUUCAGUCUUUGGAAGACAUACAAACUCUGUUUACUUAAUAGGUGAAGUCUGAAAAAGUGUACAUUAUUUAUUAAAAAUUUUGGGAAUGGUUAAUACGACGUUUUGAUAGAAAUAGAAAGUUAAAUUGGUAUAAAGAUUUAUUUUUAUGAAAAUUGUAAAUGAUGCA